UGUUUUCACUAACCGAUUACUCCACGCAACCCCUAAUUUCACACAACCUACGAAUAAUUGAAAGAGUGCAUUUCCGGUUCUUUCACUAACAGAUUACUCCACGCCGGACGCAACCGAUUAUUCAAUCCCGAAAGACGUCUCUCACAUACCUAUGUUAGCACAGAUUUUCCGUAAUUUCAGAUUCUAGAAAGAGGUUUUAGUAUUGACGAUCAGCCUAUGUACAGUACAUAUCUACUUCUCUAACACUAAAAGUGUUAUGUUGAUCUUCAAGAAGGAAUUGUCAAACAAACUAUUGAUGGUUGCGAGCUUUAGAAUUUAGGAUGUCAUGAUAUGUAAUAAGAUUAAGGCAGUCACAAAGUUAUAGUCUUUGAAUCUUUGAGAAACCACAUGCAAUCUGAACCUUUCAAAAUAUAAACAUAUAGCUGGUGUUUUAAAUUAGUGGGUUUUAGGGAGUCUGGCCGAGGGAAAUAGUCGGUGUACAGGUAAAUGAAAGUUCCUUCCAUCCUGCAGUUGCCACUUGACAGAAGAAAAUGCCCUUCAAGUCCUGCAUUCAUUCUCAGCCAAUCCGAGGAUGGAGAACAUGCAAUAUGCAGAGGAACUCAUAAGGCAGUUUUUGGUUUUCAGAGGGUUUACAAAUACUCUUCAAACUUUCGAAACAGAGUUAUCCACUGAUAUUGCUAAAGGGUUUCAGGUUGAUAAGAUAUUGGAAUUAAUAUUUUCUGUGUAUGUACCCAAAUUCCAGAUUGAAAAAUUAGUUUGUCUAUUAAGUUUUUUCAAGCAGUGCUUUUCUACUUCCACCGAGACGGUACUUGUAUCCACGCUUUCAAAGUUGGAGGCUUCAGUUCUACGAUAUUACGUUGUUCAUGCUAUUAAAUCAGGGAAAAGGGACAAAGUUAUAGACUUUUUUGGAGCAUAUGGUAACGAUUUGCUGCAAAGAAGCCAGGAUUGGGGUCCAUGGUUUGCUAUUCCAUAUCUGAAGAAUCCAAGUUUGGAACCUCAGUUUCGCAUUUACUUCUCGAAAGAGUGGUUUGACGCUUUGCAACUCUCAUUGAGGAAUUUUCUGAGUGAGAUAUUCAAUGAUACUCGUAUUCCUGGUCUGUUAAAGAUCAGUGCUGACAAUAAUACAGUUAAACAUCUCAAGAGAGACAAUAAGCAGUUAAAUCUCAAGUUAUCGCAACUCCAAGCUUUAUUGGAAGAAAAGGAAGCUCGAAUAUACCAGUUAAAGAGUAAUUCAUCUACAGCAGAAGUAAACAUGCUUCAGAAGAACAAUCCCACAUACAGUGAAUCAGGGGCUGCGGGAGAAUGUGCCACACAAAGUAAUUAUUUAUCGUCAAGGGUCAUGAGUGAGUCAAGUACAUCACGUUCUACAUCCUCUCGGGAUGAUAAAAAGGAACCAGAGUUUCAAGAUCUGGAUUCUGCUGAACGUGCAAAGAGAUCAGAGAAUUUGACCCAAUCGGGAUCAGAAAUUGAUUCAAGCUGUUUGCAUGAGCUUCCUACUCGAGAUGAGAAUGGCGCGGAAAUGCAGAGACAGGAAGACUUUCCAGAAGUAAAAGCAGAAUUUCAGGAAACAUUCUUAGGGCACACCAGUCCAAUCAGCAGGUGCCGCUUUUCUGCAUCUGGAAACAAUAUUGCAAGUGCUUCAGUGGAUGGAACAGUCAGGAUAUGGACAUAUGACUCGUCAUCCCCAACAACUCGAAAUGCAACUAUAUAUUGCGGUUCUGAGAUCAUGUCACUUGACUGGGAGUGCAAAUCUGAUCGCCUGCUUCUCAUAGGUACAGCUGAUGGGGGGAUUAAAGCCUGGAAUGUUGAUGCAAAGAGAGUUGUCUGCGAUCUCAGCACGUCAGCAUCAUUUCCUAGUGUCUUGGAUUUGAAAUGCAGCCCUGUGGAACCAAUUUUUGUUUCUGCAGCCGCAUCUAGAGGGCACGGCUCGAGUAAUCUUGACAGGAUGGGGUUUGCUUCACUUACUGUUUGGAACAUGAAGACGUGGAAGGCAAUGUCAGUCCUUCCUCUCGGCGAAGAUCCACCAGCAAUUACGUCUCUUUGUUUCAAUCACAAUGGGAAAAUUUUAGCUGCUUCUGCAACUGAUGGAAUGAUUCACAUGUUUGAUAUGGCUGCGGGUCUUCAAAUUACAGGCUGGCCUGCCCAUGACACUGCCAUAAGCUCUGUUCUGUUCGGACCUGAUGAAACAAGCAUCUUCAGCCUAGGUUCUGAUGGAAAGAUAUUUGAAUGGAGCCUACAGAAUCAUGGACAGAUUCUUUGGUCGAGAGACAAUAGCAGGUUCUUCAAUCAGGAGAGCACGAAGAUCUGUAGGCAUGAAACAGCAUUGGAUGCUCAUGGUAGGAGACUGAUAGUAACUUCUGAUUCGGUCAGAUCACCCAUAUACCAGGUUCAAGGUCACAUGAGCGGUUUUAGAACGCUUCCCCAUACUGCAGCUGUAACAACUGUAGACUGGCAUCCAACCUUACCCAUUUACUUGACUGGUUCAGCUGAUCAUUCAGUUCGAGUCACGUCGAUACUUUAAAAACUUCCCUGGAUUCAUUUAUAUUAUGUUUUCAGGUUAAAAUCCAAAUCCAUUUGAGGUUAUAAUCUUGGAGGGCGAUGUUAAUGCCAACUUAUUGAUGUAAUCAUAUGGAAAGGAGAACGAGUUUCUGUAUCAUAUCUGAAAUAUCAAUUAAAAACAACAUUUUUAUUGAUGAUAUAACCAAUUUGUUGUA